UCAUUUUUGGCUUUUGGAAAGGAACACGUCACACACAGAGACAAGAUGAAGGCGGUGCUGGUUGUGGCGUGCUGCUUGUUGCUGCUCUCAGCAGUGGCUCUCGCAGAUCGUGAUUUCUACAAGAUCCUUGGUGUGAAGCGGUCCGCGUCCAAGCGCGACAUCAAGAAGGCCUACCGCAAGCUCGCCAUUCAAUACCACCCCGACAAGAACCCAGACAACGAAGAAGCCGCACAAAAGUUCCAGGACAUUGGCGCUGCGUAUGAGGUGCUCUCCGAUGAGGAGAAGCGCAAGAUUUAUGACAAGCAUGGGGAGGAAGGCCUGAAGAACGCUGCCGGCCAACAACAUGACCCGUUUGAUAUGUUCUCGAGCAUGUUUGGGGGCUCGUUCUUUGGAUUUGGCGGGAACCAACGCCGGGAGCGGGAGACGCCAAAGGGCGCAGACGUCGUCCUUGACCUCGCCGUCUCCCUCGAGGACCUCUACAACGGCCAGUUCUUCGAGAUUCUGCAUGCCAAGCCCGUGCCCAAGCCCACAUCCGGCACGCGCAAAUGCAACUGCCGCAUGGAGAUGAAGACUCAGCAGAUUGCACCGGGCCAGUUCCAGAUGAUGAACGCCCAAGUUUGCGACGAGUGCCAGAACGUCAAGAUGGUGAUUGAGCACGUUGAGCUUGACGUUGAGGUUGAGCCUGGGAUGGUUGAGGGCCAGGAGCUUGUCUUCACAGCGGAGGGCGAGCCCCACAUUGAUGGCGAUCCAGGCGACCUCAAGUUCCGCAUCCGCACGCAGAAGCACCCGCGCUUCCAGCGGUCGGGCAACAACCUGCUGACCAACGUCACCAUCUCCCUUCGCGACUCCCUUGUCGGCUUCAGCAUGGAGAUUGAGCACCUCGACGGGCACAAGGUGACGGUUGAGCGCAAGGGCAUCACCCCACACGGUACCGUCCAUCGUAUCAAGGGCGAGGGCAUGAUGCAAUACGACAACAACCUCGUGAUUGGCGACUUGUACAUUACCUUUGACGUGCACUACCCUGAGCGCCAGUUCACCGAGGACGAGGCCGACAGGUUGAUUGAGUUGUUGAGGCAGGAUAGCUCACAGCAGAUUUACAACGGACUGGAGGCCCAGUUUGUGCCCAAAUAGACAUCCCACCAUCACCACGACAGCACACACACACACACACACACGCGUUCACAAGCAAGCGUGAUGUAUUCCUCGCACUUGUUGCUGUAUCGUUCUUUCCUUUCAUCACGCCAGUCAAGUGUAACCCAGUGUGGUCUCCCCUCACGCAUAUAUACACACGCACACAGCUGUUGCCCUG